AUGGACGCACACAGCUCUAGCCAGAUACCUCCCCCGCUUUAUUCUGAAGAUCCACAGUGGCAUCAAUUAGACUCGACGCUACCAGACGACCGGCCGUUGAUUCUAAUCACACCCUCUGAGGGCAAAACGACGUUUCAGUCUGGGUUUCUCGGAGCAGAGGGAGACGUUUCUUCUUUUGAGGGGGAGGUUCACAUCAAAAGCGCGUCAAUAGAGAAAUGGCAGAGUGUUACUAUCACAUAUCGAUCGGAAGAACAUGUUGGGAUUAACAAAGUAGAGCUUGGGUUUUCGAAACACGUUUUGUAUUCGCAGGAACAGUCACCAUCGUCGUCAACCAGCCCUGAUACCAGUACCUUGCCAGGGGUACUGCCAUUUUCGAUCCCUCUUACACCCGAUACACCACAGUGCCUCCACACUUCAACCUCAGGUAUAACUCAUAUUCUUACUGUCACCCUAGAGUCUCCUACGCUCCCAUCGACUAGCAAGUCUAUUGAAAUCCAUACUCGGCGCUACACAACAAUUACAUCUCCUUAUUUACCAGUGGCCCCUCGCCGUAUCUCUCUUGACGCCCCGACACCAACCACUGUCGAAAUACCGCGCACUAUUUUUCGUUCUGGGGAACCCAUUCCGCUUUAUUGGGAUAUCCCACCUCCAGAUCGAGCCGUGAUACAAAGGGGCGUGCGUUUACGAAAUCUUCGCGCAGAAUUAGUUCGUUUGAUCCGAGUGGAUACCGGUGACGAAGACGAAGAUGCUGAGUCGCUUGUGUCUGAGGAUGAAACGGGAUGGGCACCGGCCGAGCCCGAUAUGAACUUGUUCAAUAGCCCACCUCCUACCGCCGGUUUUGAAAAGGGCUCAUCUAUGCAAGCUGACCAACAAAGUGCUUCGAGCUCGCUUCCUUCCGGUGGUCCUAUACAUCCUACUAUUGUUACUCGAUCCGGUGCUCCUGCACGAUUUCAUCCAACGAAACAUAUUCAAGUCCGCUUGGUCCUGCACGGUCUAUCUCACGAUCCUCACGCUGAUAUCCAAAGACAAGAGAAUACUCACGAAGUUUGUGCUUCGAUUUCCCAAACAACUUUGAUGCACGAUGUCUCGUUCCAUGUAAUCCUCCGAGCAUCCUUCCUAAUCGACGGACAGGAACAAACAAUCAAAGCACGAAUUCCAGUUACGAUCAUCCCCCGCGUAAUACCUCAGGUUGAAGUCCCUGGAGAAAUUGAAGAAGCAUACAUGAAGAAGCACGAUAGACCUCCAGCGAAGACUGUGCGUGCGGCUGAUGCCGAUCAUGGCGAGGGCCCUAGCAACGGACCACCUCCAGCAUUCGAGGAAGGUACAUCAAUAAUUGGAGGUGAAUUGGGUGCACCACCACCUUCUAUUGAUGCUCCUUACGCUGUUCCUCCUACGCACCCAAGUUCGUCCCAACCGCCAACUUUUCAUGAAUUAGAAUCCCGGGCUAAUGAAGACAACUUACACGAUGGGCGCUUACCUACGUUUUUCGAGUCGGAAUCUGCCGCAGUGGCCGCUUCGAGUUCAUCAGCCUCGCGAGUGCUUCCUCCUGCGCCUUCUGGUACAUUUGGAGAGUGGACUCAGACAAGCCCCGAUUCGGGAAUGGAGCUUAGGUUCCCUGGAGAGGGCUCAAGUUACGGCUUUGCUCCGAACGACCAGUUCGAUGGACUAACCUUAGGUCUAUCACAUGAUGAACAAGGACUUCCUAGUGACCCCGGGUUCUCUCACCCACACUCUCGUGCGGUGUUAAGUCCGGAUAUCCUUGCCGACAUUAAUUCAGAUCCUCCUCCGCCUCUUACGCCUGUCGGCGAUGACCCCGUUUCAAACUUAACUAUGAGAUUGCAGUUGAUUGCUGCUGCCUCUUCUGACACAAACGAAGCCGCCCCACCACCACCACCUGCACUAGACGACCCUGCUGACCCACCACCAAGCAUAAACGACCAUUUUCGUCAAAGAGGUGGACUCGCGCCUGGUUCCGGAGCAUUAACUGAAGCACCUCAACCGGUUCAUGUUGACGGGGCUCUUCCGCCUUACCUUAAUACAGGUGUUUCUGCCCCAGUCACUGCUGGACCUCCUGCGUAUGCAGAUGUACCACCGAGAGAGGAGAACUAG